AUGGUCGGUAAUCUCCAUCAUAUGUCGUGGUUUCUCGUGAUCAAGAUGAUGUUGCUGACUUGUUUAGUAGCCUGUUUGCUCCCUACGUUAACGAAUGCACAAGAAACCAACAUUCGCCUUGUUAGUGGCUCUACGAUCAGAGUAGGUCGAGUCGAGGUGUUGUACAACGGAGAAUGGGGAACCGUCUGUGAUAGUGGCUGGGACAUGCAGGAUGCCCGGGUAGUCUGUCAAUCUCUUGGAUUUGGUCAGGCACUCGAAGCUGUAUCGGGUGCAGGAUUCGGUGAAGGCACAGGGACUAUUGUUUUGGAUGACGUCAACUGCUCUGGAAAUGAAGAGGACAUUUUCCAGUGCGGAAAUGCCGAACUUGGAAUCAGCAACUGCGGACAUGAACAAGACGCAGGAGUCCGAUGUGCACAAUUCCCAUCAGCUAAUAUCCGUCUGAUCAAUGGGUCCAAUCCUACCGAAGGUCGUGUCGAAGUCUUUUACAACGGAACAUGGGGUACCGUCUGCGAUAGCUAUUGGGAUGACUACGAUGCUCAGGUGGUGUGUCAGAGUCUAGGUCUUGCUGCAUUCGGGGUUGCUAAUUUUAGAGCAACAUUUGGAGAAGGCACGGGACCGAUCUGGAUGACUGAGACUAAAUGUAAAGGAGAUGAAAUGGAUCUCCUAGACUGCCCACACACUAGUCCACCCCACUACUGCGAACACCGCUAUGACGCAGGGGUACAAUGCAACCCAAGAUCAACACUUCGUCUGGUCGGUGGUUCGUCAAAGCUCGAAGGCAGAGUCGAGAUGCAACUCAACGGCCAAUGGGGAUCUGUCUGUACCGAUAAUUGGGAUCGCAACGCAGCCAACAUCGUGUGCCGAAGUCUCGGGCUCGGGCAAGCUCGCUACAUGUACUUUGACUCCGCCUUCGGUGAAAGUAACUUGACGAAUGCUUAUAACUUUGACUGCCAGGGGUUUCAGCCUAGCAUCCUACGUUGCGGUCGGAUUGGUGUCAAUAACUGCCAAUACAGACGUAACGCUGGUGUCCGCUGUUAUGAAGGCAUCUUAGCACCUGUUCGUCUUGCUGGUGGUCCAUCGCUCCAAGAAGGUCGCGUCGAGAUCCUUUACAACGGCGAAUGGGGGACUGUCUGUGACCGUGGCUGGACUGUCUUCGACAAACCUUCCGACAUAGUCUGUCACUCUAUUGGACUAGGUAACGCCGAGGCAACCUAUGGGGGUGGUCGUUAUGAACAGGGUACAGGACCUAUGGUUCUAGAUGAUGUAUUUUGCCCAAUUACAAGCGUAACUAGCAUCAUACAGUGCAGGAGCGAAGGUUUUGGAGUCGGUUACUGUAACCCCUCGGCAGAAGCUGGGGUACGUUGUGGAAGAAGCCCACAAGCAUCAAUCCGUCUUGCUGGUGGCUCGUCGAGAAACGAGGGGAGGGUGGAAGUUCUCUGGCAAUCACAAUGGGGGACUGUCUGCGAUAAUGGAUGGGACCUGACUGAUGCCAACGUAGUCUGUCGAACUCUUGGACUCGGUCCUGCACUCGAAGCCAUCUCUUAUGCUGGCUUUGGUCAAGGAGCAUGGGCGAUCGUUCUGGAUAAUGUGAACUGUACUGGGGAUGAAGACAGCGUCUUCCAGUGCCAACAUGCUGGUAUGGGUGUCCAUGAUUGCGAACACGGAGAAGAUGCAGGGGUUCGUUGUGCCCCUAGCCCAUUAGGAUCAGUACGUGUUGUCAAUGGCUCAUCAAGAUACGAAGGCCGAGUCGAAGUCUAUUACGACGGAAAAUGGGGAACCGUCUGCGACGAUUUUUGGGAUGACACCGAUGCUAGUGUCGUUUGUCGGAUGCUUGGUUUGGGCGAUAACGGAACUGCCGUCGGUUGCUCUACCUACGGGGAAGGUUCUGGAGAUAUCGUUCUUGACAAUGUGAGGUGUUUGGGAAAUGAGACGGAUCUCUACUCCUGCCCCAGUAAUCGUCCACUCCGACACGAUUGCAAGCAUUCGGAGGACGCGGGAGUGCAGUGUCUCAAUACACGAGCUAUUCGUCUUGUCGAUGGGCCAUCAAACAGCGAGGGUCGAAUCGAGGUCCUCUACAACGGCAUCUGGGGAACCGUCUGCGAUAACUUAUUUGACAUGAACGCUGCCUACAUCGCGUGCCGUUCUCUCGGCUUCAACUACGCCCUCGAAGCCGUCCGUCUUGGUGGGUUCGGGGAGGGCACAGGGCCGGUGAUUCUUGAUGAAGUUAGGUGCUACGGGCCUGAAGAGAACCUUUUCCAGUGCAUGCAUAGACCGCCUCUAAACGCCUAUUGUGGACACUGGGAAGACGCUGGAGUACGUUGUGCCGGAAGCACACCAACACCCAUCCGUCUAGUUGGUGACUCAUCUAAUACCGCAGGACGAGUCGAGAUAUCUUACAAAGGACACUGGGGGACAGUCUGUCAUGAUGACUGGGACAAUGACGAUGCAACUGUGGUGUGCCGUAGCCUGGGUCUUGGUACCAACGGAAUAGCUUACAGGUAUGCUCACUUUGGUGAGGGUUCUGGAGAUGUUAUACUUUCCAAUCUCCGAUGUACUGGUGAUGAAUCGGAUCUUAUGGCCUGUCCCAGCACUGGACCGCUCAACAACAGGUGCCUACAUUUCCAGGAUGCCGGAGUACGCUGUCGCUGAGGUAGUUUUCUUAAAACAUUUUCUUAAACCAAAACAGCUCUACUAAAUUAUUUAUCAAUCUUGGUAGUACUUUUCAUGUGAAAGAUUCUCCUUCUCCACUUUCAUCACUUGUUGGGUUAUAUUGGAUAUGGUGAAAGGGAUAUCUCGUUUCUCCGAAGGUUCAUAUUACGAAAAGUUGGUUACUCCGCAGGUUCAUUAUCCCGUAGGUUCCUUAGUCUGAACUUGAAAUAGGGUUCUUUAUUCUGAAAAUGAAGGUUCUAAAUUUCGAAAGAUUGUCGUUAUUCUGAAGGUUUGUAAUUCCUCAAUGCAAUAGAAUCACAUUAUUUUUUAGGAAUUCCGAUCCUUCGGAAGGGCACUCAAUUAAUGAGAGAGAAGAUAAUUCAGUUAGUUUUCAAGAUUAAAUUUCGGAUAAAUUUGACUGCGCCGCUUGCAAAAUAAAUUGGAAAGAUUUUACGUCUCAUGUUGAUACGCACUUAAUUUCUUCAUAGAGUUAUGUGUUAUGGGCCAACACCUGUGAGUUCACGGAAUGACUUACGACGCUGCGAUAGGGCUACACAGAGACGCAGAAAAGUGAUCACCCAAUACUGUGCUUUGCUCAAUGAUCACAAAGCAAUAAAAGACUAGCUUUUUUUUCUCCUUUGUUAAAAUGUUUGAAACUGUAUUUAAAAAAACAAAAACAAUUUGAAUGACCCCGAAUAACCUCAUUCUAUUAUUAGAUAUAAAUAUGGCAUUGUAAAUAUGGUAUUCGAUUUUGUUACCUCUUUGACAAACGCACAAAUAUGAACUUAUUUUCAAAAAUGUCAAUUUCUUAAGAAUCUGUUUUCCUUCGUUAUGUAUUGUCUUUUACCACUUUGUUUAUUCAUGUUUAAAUUUCCAAAUUGUAAUACAUUACCAUUAACGUAGUUCAAGUCGUAUCAACAAUUAUAAUCGAACAUUUAUCGUUGAUCAAUAAGUAUUACAGCUGGAAAAAAUAUUAAAGGUAAUACAAAGUUUUGGUAGGGGGUCAUGAAUUUAGUUCAAAUGAACAUAUUGGA